AUGCCACUGGAUCAAUCACCGGUUUCGCUUGCAGAUGACGAUAUGGACGAAUGUAAGGCCGUCAUUCUGGACGUUCAAGAUCCGAAGCUUCCCCUUGCUAGUAUCAGGCAGGUGACCUCUUACUCUGUACCCGACAAACACUCCGGUACAGAACGUCAAAAUGUUUCUCAUCAGGGGCUACAUAACUGCAGUAGGCCAACACUUUGCAUAAAAAUGCCUCCACCAGGUCCAAGAAGAUAUCAAUCAGUGUUUCCCAAGGCACUAGUGGACUGUGCCGAUGUCCAGGCAAGAGGGGUGAAUUUCAAUGGAAUCUAUAGUAUCCAUCCUGGUGGGUCCAAGGAACCUUUAAAUGUCUACUGUGACAUGGUCACUGCUGGAGGUGGCUGGACGGUAUUCCAAAAACGAAUGGACGGUUCAGUUGAUUUCAAUGAAAAUUGGUCACUCUAUAAGGAUGGUUUUGGGAGUGUUUGGGGAGAACAUUGGCUAGGAAACCAAAAUGUAUAUCACCUGACAAAUCAGCGCCAUUGCGAGCUCCGGAUCGACCUUUACGACUUCAGAGGGAACACGAUGCAUGCGACCUACAGUCACUUCAGCAUUUCCAACGAGACAAUGAAAUAUGAAUUGAGGCUGGGUUCAUUUUCUGGAGGAGGGGCAGGAGACUGCCUUACACAACACAACGGACACAAAUUCAGCACCAGAGACCAAGAUAAUGAUUUGUAUGACGAAUUCAACUGCGCUGAGCGUUACCAAGCUGGAUGGUGGUAUAAGAAUACGUCGGAACGGGUGUGCAGCCUGAAUGGGAUUUACAUUGAUGUCAACGCUAAUGUUAAAAAUUUUAAUCAAGGCAUACUUUGGUCUUGUUGGGGUGUGAACGCUCUUAAAGGAAGUGAAAUGAAGCUCCGUCCGUUUUCGGAGGCUUGA